AUGUUCCUACCCCUCAUCACUCUACUCCCCAUCCUCCUCGCAGCCGCCCCCGCAUUCGCCGACAACAAUGCCUACCUAGCCCUCACCACCAACGGCCCAAUCAUCGGCCACCCCGCCGCCACCGCCCCAGACGUCGUCACCGAGUACCUGGGCAUCCCGUACGCUGCGCCGCCAAUCGGCCCUCUGCGCUUCGCCGCGCCGCAGCCGUACGUCGCCGCCGGCAACCCGAACAACGACACGGCGGCGCCCUUCAUCGCCGGGCACUACGGCUACACCUGCCCGCAAACCGCCUCCGCCCGCGUCGCCUACCCAGACCGCACGCCGCAGGCGCAGCGCAUCGUCGCCGCCUUCGCGGGCCAGCUCAACCACACGCAAAGCGAGGACUGCUUGACGCUGAACGUCUGGACCCGCACCGCCGCCGAGCAGAACGCAACGACGACGCUGAAGCCCAUCCUCGUCUUCAUCCACGGCGGCCGCUUCACCAUCGGCGAGAGCCACACGCCCUUCUUCGACGGGACCAAGCUGGCCGCCGCGCAGGACGUCGUCGUCGUCACGCUCAACUACCGCGUGUCGAUCUUCGGCUUCCCGGGCGAUGCGGCGGGGCCGAAGAACCUGGCGUUCCGCGAUCAGCGGUUGGCGGUGGAGUGGGUGCGGGAUAACGCGGAGGCGUUUGGCGGCGAUGCGGGGAGGAUUGUGGUUGCCGGGCAGAGCGCGGGGGGCGCGGCGGUGGAUUAUUGGGCGUAUGCGCACAGGGAGGACCCGGUGGUGGCGGGCAUUGUGCCGAUGAGUGGGAAUGUGUGGAGUUUUCCGGUCAGCAGUGAGAGCACGGCGGCGGAGCGGUGGGCGAAUGUUUCGGCGGCGGCGGGAUGUGCGGCGGGGGUUGUAGGGGGGGAUGUAGGGGGGAAUGCAGGCGAGGAUGCAGGCGGAGAUGGGGUGCUGGAGUGUAUGCGGGGGAAGGAUUUCGAAGUUAUCAAGAAGGCUGUGGCAGGGCUAAAACUGCCGACUGUGAGCGGCCAGGGGCGGUCAGAGGCUGUGUUUCAGCCGACGGUGGAUAAUGAGACGGUGUUUGACCAGGAAACGCUGAAGAAGAUGACGGAUGCCGGGGAGUUUGCGCGCGUGCCUUAUCUUGUCGGGAACACCCAUUUCGAAGCCGGGUACUACCGCUGGGCUGCUUACGGUGCAGGAAGCAUCUUGACAGACGCCCAGUGGGACAACUUUAACCUCGUUACUUUCACGUGCCCCAGCACCUACGGCGCAGCCGCGCGUGCUCGGUUCGGCGUGCCGUCGUGGGUGUACCGCUACGGCGGCGAUUGGGAUAACCUGCGGCUCUACCCCAACUCCUCCGCUUAUCACGGCAGUGACAUGCACGCGCUAUUCGGCAACUCCGAGGAAGUCAGUGGGCUGCCGGAAGAGGAGGCGCAGGCUGGGCUGACGCGAGUGGUGAUGGAGGCGUGGGCGGCUUUUGCGAGGGAUUCGCGGGGUGGGUUACACGACCUGGGCUGGGGGGAGUAUUCUGACAGUAAGAUUCUGCCCCAUUUCAAUGCAGACACGUUGCCUGUCCUGACUGGUGCAGAUAUUCUCGUGGAGUUGGGCUUCAACAAGAGCGCCUUGCCGACUUUCGCCUCGCCACAGAAAUAUGCCUCCACAUGCGCAUCGCUGAACCUGUCAUUCUACAGUGAUUAG